AUGGCGCCAGUCUUGCCGGACGAGGUAGUCUACCACAUCUUCACCUACCUCGAGCCGCACUCCCUGGGAAUCACUUUACAAUGUAGCACUGCUUUCUAUAGGAUCGCUACCGCUCCACCUCUAUGGGAAGUACCCUACUUUCUACGAUGGACUACCGGAGACCCCCGACGGGAGGCAGUGCGCGGAACGGAUAGAUGGAAGCGAUACAGAAAACUGCGAAGGCUUGCCGAGCAUGCGACUCGUGCUGCAGAGGAGAAAGGUAUGAAGACGGCGAGCACGUCUCAGUCACCCUUUCACUAUCUCAACCUCGACGAAGGCUCGGUGAGGUCUGCCACUUCCGCGCCCAGCAUCGACUUCUACCGUCUUUUUCUCGAACGGAUUCGCAUCGAUCAAGAGGUUCUGGAUUCUGUUUACGACCAGGUCGAAGCAACGCACGACCGUAUCCCACCGAUCACCUCGUUGGCCAGAAGAUUCGGCAACGACGCAAAGGACGUGCUCACGGCGGUAGUAGAAGCUCAGUCGAGCUGUCCUUCUUGGGCCUGCAAUGGUCUCCCUCACGGCACUGAAACGAAGAAGACACACGACCGAGGCAAGCUUCCAGAAACGAAAGAUGCUCUGGCGUACAACACUGAUGGCUAUCGUAUCAGUGCCUAUCAGGCACAUCUUCCCACGUCACUGCGGUCGGAGACUCACCACCUCGUCAUCCUCCAUCAUGCAAGAGAGAUCCUGGAGCACCUUCAGCGACGCGAAGCUAUGCAGGGCAUGAGCGAUAUGGCCUAUCUUAAAACCGUUGCCGAUACUUCCGAUGCUCGACCUCGAUCAUCAAGGACCUCGCACGACUUCCUGCCAAAGCAAACCGAAAGAGCAGUCUCACUUCUCACCAUGUUCCGUGGGGGCGAAGUGACCUACGUCGAGGAACAACUCGACAUUCUCGCCGCUGCCUGCGACCUCUACCUUCAACAACGCCUCCCACCAACCAUACCCGCCACAUCAUCCACACUAGAGACGGCCAAACUCAAAGCCACCGCCAUCUGCGACUUUCUCGCAGACCACGGCUUCCGCGGAGCACGAGAUGACCUCUUCCACGAUCUCGACAACCACUUCCUCCACCACUGUUUCACCACCAACCGCGAAACCCUUCCGCUUUCUCUCACCCUCAUCUUCUGCGGUAUCGCCAAUCGUCUCGGUCUCACAGCUUCCCUGUGCAAUUUCCCCAUGCGAAUCAUCGCGUUCAUCUCUACCUACCCGACAGCACCUCUACCAUCUUCGACGGAUACUCUCGAAUCAGCGCAUCCGGAUCUCUUCUGGCUCGACGUGUGCGAAUAUACGACGGUGGCAUACGAUGCGCACGAACCGACACCCACCGAUCCGUUCGCUCGUAAGGAAUCGUGGUUGCAACAACGACCUCCGAUUUUGGAUCGGAACGAUCUGACAGAGUGGAUUGGUAGGAUGGGGGUUCCGCCAUCGGACGACUUUUGGCGACCUGCUGAGCCAGGAGUUAUGGCCCAGAGAGCUGCGAGGAAUAUCUUUGGGAGUGUUCAGAGGGCGCAGAUCACGCCGAGGAAUCAGCAUCCGGUGGGGCAAGCGAGGAGCGCGUUGAGGGCUAUGGAGUUGAACAGGAGGAGAGCGAGGUUGGAGCAGCAGUGGAAGGAUGAAAGGGUAGACUAUGCUUUCUUGAACUCGAUGAAUGGAAGGACAGAUCCACGACAGCAAAGAGACACCGCCGAUCGUGUGGCGGCUGCUCUGGCUGGCAAAAUUGCGAUAGACGAAGACGAAACGAUCUGGCACAUCGUCAAGUCUUGGCGGAGGGAGUCGAUGCCCACACUCAUCUCCCAACCAGACAGCUGGGUUCUACCCGCACAACCACCUUCGUCCCAUUUCCGAUCCUGGAUGGCCGCUCGUGCUGACGACAACGAUUGGACGUUGUCCCGCAUCCAUCUGCAACGGCGAGCCGAUCACUGGUCCGAACACGAGCGUCAAGCGGCCAAGUAUGCCGCUCUGAAUGCGUUCUUGCGGAUCAACGCGCAGAUGAUCGCGCGCGAGGUGGAUUGGUUCGCAGGAUUCGUGCAGAGUUACUUUAUGUUGGAUGUCGAGGUUGUUGAGAGGGAUUUCUUGGGUAUGGAGCAUGGCGAGGAUGGAGAAAGGUUGGAUGGUGGUGGUGGUGGUGCGGGGAGUGAGGAGGAGGGGAGUGAGUCGAGUGAUGAAGAGGAAGGGAUUUCAAUUCGAGGCGUGAGAGAUGGAGGAGGGGAGGGAGGUGGGAUUCUUACGAAUGCAAAUGCGAGAGUUGUGUUGGGGAGGAUGCUGCAAGCCGUAAGGGUCAAGGAUGGCGAGGCGCCGAGGAUAAAUCGUCGAGCCCAGAAGACCACAUCAAAACGAUCCUCUCCCAGUCCUGCGGGUCUCGGAGAAGACCAAGUCGCUCAUCGAGUAGGCACCGUCUUCCGCCACCGCACCUACCGCUACGCCGGCAGCAUCCUCGGCUGGGACCCGCACUGCGCCGCCCCCGAAGACUGGAUCGUCAACAUGGGCGUCGACCGUCUCCCCUCCUCCCACCCCACCCAACCCGGAGGCAGACACCAACCGUUCUACCACUCGCAAGUCGCCGACGGAACGCGUCGCUACGUCGCCGAGGUCAACGUCGAGCCCAUCCGCGGUCCCAUCUGGAUCUACGGCCUGCCUUCGUCGCUCGAUCGUGCGGAAAAUGGAGAAAGUGUGGUGGAGGAAGCCAAGGUGCUGGGGAACUCGAUUCACAGGAUGUUGCAGCUGAGAGGGCUGGGAGAGUACUUCCGAUGCUUUGAUCAGCGGAAGGGGAGGUUGAGAAAAAACGCGGAUGCCAGGGUGAUGUUUCCGGAUGAUGUGUCUGAUGAUGAGGAUGAAGAGGGGGAUGCGAUGGUCGGUGGAGAUGAAGAGGAAGAUGUUGCAGAGAGGUUGUCGGAAGAUGCAAGCUGGUAG